UGUAAUUGAUGAGCAAAUUGGAAAGCAGAGGACGAGGGACAACGGCGCGGACACCUCACCUUAAAAUGUUUCUUCAUUUCAAUUUAACGCAAACGAGCUUGAUGUGAGCAAGGGGGAAACAAGAGCACUUGUUUUUUUUUUUUUUUAACCUUUCUCUCACCUUCACAGUGCACCUAUCCACUAUUUCACCUCUAGUUUAACUUAUUUUGUGGUACCUCGUCGGAUACCUUUGGCUUUAGAGCACGGCUUCACCUGGGCACCCUUUUACUGCAGUCUCACGAAACCGCACCAAGAUUUCUUCUCCAACUUCCUAAAGCACUUCAGGGAAAAAUCCACCAACAGGGAAAAAAUACUUUUCUCUUCUACAAAGAAGCGCAAAAGUGACACAAUGAGUCUCAAAUCUGAUUCUGAGCCGAACAACAAUGUUGUAUCCUUGGAAGAGGAGGUACGAACUCUCUUUGUCAGCGGCCUUCCAGUUGACAUCAAGCCGGAACUCUACCUGCUCUUCAGACCAUUUAAGGGUUAUGAAGGAUCCCUUAUUAAGUUGACAUCAAAGCAGCCUGUCGGGUUUGUUACCUUUGAUAACCGGACUGGCGCUGGCGCGAAGAACGCAUUAAACGGGAUCCGUUUUGACCCAGAGAGUCCCCAGACUCUGCGCUUAGAGUUCGCUAAAGCCAACACGAAGAUGGCAAAGAGUAAGCUGAUGGCCACUCCGAACCCCACAAAUAUCCACCCAGCUCUAGGAGCACACUUCAUUGCACGGGACCCAUAUGACCACGGGGCAGCACUGAUCCCGGCCUCUCCCGAGGCGUGGGCCCCUUACCCCCUGUAUGCCACGGAGCUUCCCCCUGGGCUCCCCCACGCUGCCUUUACCUACCCGGCCGCUGCCGCCACUGCCGCAGCCCUCCACGCCCAGGUGAGGGACCAACCGGUGGGUCUACUGCCUCUUCAGCGUCUCACUCAUUUACCAUGCCUUGCUCUGUGUCGCAUGUGAUCGCAAACCAAGCAGGAAC